AUGUAUAACUCUGGGGAUGAGUAUUCUAAUUUAGAUUUUUUGAAUUUUCUCCCCGAGACUGUUGCUGAGGAUGAGGAUGCUGAUUCCCUUGGUAUUACGCAGCCGUAUAACUGUUCUGUUGACCCCUCUUACUGUGACGGUGGUCAAUCUUAUGGCGGUGGUGACCUUGCUUUGUACAAUGCUGCUGAAUGUGUAGCUAGUGGUUCAUUGUAUAACAAUUUAUCUCGUUAUUCUCGUUAUCUUGACCUACGUUUACAGGUUCCUUUUUGCGGUACUCCUGUAAUUCAGAACAUUGUUGCAUCUGUUCAUUUAGGUCGUGAGAUCGAUUUACGUGAGAUUGCGAUAUCUACUCGUAAUGCUGAGUAUAAUCCUCGUAAGUUCAAUGCUUUGAUCUUACGUCUUCAAAAUCCUCGUUGUACGGGUUUGAUAUUUCGUACUGGUCGUUUGAUUGUAACUGGUUCUAAGACGGUGGAAUCUGCUGUUUUAGGUGCUAAGCGUAUGGCUAAGAUGAUCCGUCGUGAGCUUGGUGUUGCUGUAGAGUUUAAAGAGUUUAAGAUUGAGAAUAUAAUUGCUACAUUUAAUUGUAACGUUCCUAUUCGUUUGGAGCAUCUUUAUGAGGAGCAUAAACUAUUUUGCAAUUAUGAGCCUGAGAUUUUUGCUGGAUUAGUAUACCGUAUCGCCAUGCCGGACCGUACUGACGCUGUACUAUUGGUGUUUGUGUCUGGUAACGUGAUCGUUACUGGUUGUCGUUCUCCUGAGGAUAUUCAGUUGAUCUAUUCUCAGAUGGCUCCUAUUUUAUGUGAGUUUAAAGAGUAG